CUUCUUUAAUCAUAUCUCAUAAUAUAUAUAAUACUACAUUUUCCACAUGAAGACUAACAUUUUUCCUCUCUCACCUUUGCUAUGGCUUUCUCUUCUUGCCUUUGCCACUAUCAAUUGGCACUCAAGAUUAACCUUCUCACAACGGCUGCUCAACACUCAAAGUCCACAUAUGCUCUAAAAACUGUGAAUACUGAAUUUUAUGGCAUGCAUAUUGGAUGCAAGCUAAGAAGUGAAUGGAGUUUUGCCGGAGGAUCACGAGCCAUUGUCUUACGGAAUCCUAGAAGCUUGAGUCUGCAUCGAAAAAAUUUACCAUUACAAGCUUCAUGGUUUACUAGUCCGCAUUUAGCUGGGGAUGCUUUCACGUUAGGAACUGCUGCUGUUCUUCCAUUUUAUACCCUCAUGGUUGCAGCUCCAAAGGCUGAAUUGACUAAAAAGUGUAUGAGAAGUAGCAUACCAUUUGUUGUGCUUGGGGUUCUAUACUCGUACCUUCUAUAUCUAUCAUGGACACCCGAUACUAUCAGAUAUAUGUUUGCAAGCAAAUACUGGCUGCCAGAGCUUCCUGGAGUGGCUAAGAUGUUUUCUAAUGAGAUGACAUUAGCUUCUGCUUGGAUCCAUUUGUUAGCCGUUGAUCUCUAUGCUGCAAGUUUGGAUUACAUAAAACAGAAGUGUGUAUCAAGACGGGUUGGAGAACGAGAUAGAGAUCCGCCAUUCGGUAUCUCUUUGCCUGUUAUUCUGCCCAAUCGGAAUACUCAUUCAUGCCAUUACGAAGGCCUUCACCAGCGCAUCCAGAAAAUCAAAAACUGAGAUUCACUGAUGUUCAUUUAUUACGCUUUAAAUUUAGCCAAGUGUUGAUGUGUAGACUAAACUUAAACUCUAUGGGUUCUUUUUUUUUAAUGAUUAUGGGUUUUUUGCAUUA